UACAUCCCCCCUAGACACUUCCUCGCAUCCAUUGGAAGAUUGCCACGUGUACGGAUAUAACAAACUUCCAGGCCCCGCCCGGAUCUCUAUAUCUACCCAUCUUCCUUCCUCCCAGCCUCUCUCCUACUCUCUGCUUCGAUUUUCUAAAUUGGAAUAGAGAUUGGUGAAGAAAUCGGCGUUCAAAAUGGCCGCUGCUGCUGUCGAUCAAGCGCCAUCUUCGUGUAUUUCAAACAGCUGCUGUGAUGGUAAAAAAGGCCCGGGUUACGCCACUCCAAUUGAGGCCAUGUCGGGCCCACGGGAGUCUCUGCUCUAUGUCACAUGCGUGUACACGGGAACCGGAAUAGAGAAGCCUGAUUACUUGGCUACAAUAGAUGUUGAUCCGAGCUCACCUACCUAUUCAAAAGUCAUCCACAGGACACCUGUCCCUUAUUUAGGUGAUGAGUUACAUCAUUCUGGUUGGAAUUCCUGCAGCUCUUGCCAUGGGGAUCCUUCAGCUGUUAGACGUUUCCUGAUCUUGCCUUCACUGGUGUCAGGCCGUAUUUAUGCAUUUGACACGCAAAAGAAUCCAAGAGCUCCUGCUUUGCAUAAAGUUGUUGAGCCAGCAGAUAUUGAGCAAAAGACUGGGUUAGCAUAUCCACACACUUCCCACUGCCUUGCAUCUGGUGAUAUUAUGGUGUCUUGCCUUGGGGACAAAGAUGGAAAAGCUGAGGGAAGUGGCUUCCUUCUUCUCGAUUCAGAAUUCAAUGUGAAAGGAAGGUGGGAGAAACCAGGUCAUAGUCCUCCUUUUGGCUACGACUACUGGUACCAACCUCGACAAAAGACGAUGAUUAGUUCAUCGUGGGGGGCUCCUGCAGCCUUCACAAAAGGCUUCAACCUUCAGCAUGUUUCGGAUGGUCUUUAUGGAAGACACUUGUUUGUAUAUAGCUGGCCUGAUGGUGAGCUAAAGCAGACAUUGGAUCUAGGCAGCACGGGGCUCUUACCUUUAGAGAUCAGGUUUCUCCACGAACCAUCUAGGGACAUGGGCUAUGUUGGGUGUGCUCUUACCAGCAACAUGGUAAGAUUUUUCAAGACAUCAGAUGGAUCAUGGAGCCACGAGGUCGUAAUAUCAGUGCAACCAUUGAAAGUACGAAACUGGAUUCUUCCUGAAAUGCCUGGACUCAUAACUGAUUUCCUGAUCUCUCUUGAUGACCGGUACCUAUACUUUGCGAAUUGGCUGCAUGGAGAUAUCAGGCAAUAUAACAUUGAAGACCCUGCGAAGCCCAAAUUGACCGGCCAAGUGUGGGUGGGAGGGCUAAUUCAAAAGGGGAGUGAUAUAGUGGCUGUUGCAGAAGACGGGAAAGAGUGGCAGUUUGAUGUCCCACAGAUUCAGGGAAAUCGAUUGAGAGGUGGGCCACAGAUGAUCCAGCUGAGCUUGGAUGGGAAGCGGCUGUACGUUACCAACUCACUGUUCAGUACAUGGGACCGCCAGUUCUAUCCGGAUCUUUUGGAGAAAGGGUCUCACAUGCUACAGAUCGACGUCGACUCGGAGAAAGGAGGGCUGUCAAUAAAUCCAAACUUCUUCGUGGACUUUGCCGCUGAACCUGAAGGUCCUUCCUUGGCCCACGAGAUGAGAUAUCCAGGUGGUGAUUGCACUUCAGAUAUAUGGGUUUAACGAUCGUUCGGUGAGCAUAGGAAGGUAGUCUAUUUUCAACUGCCCUUUAGACUAAAUAAGCGGGUUGUAUCUUAAUUACUCUGUUACUACUAGAUUAGAAUGUUAAAUAAAUGAGAUAAAGUUUGCACUAAAUGGUUCUCCUGUAUCAUCUUUUAUCAUAACCAUAAAUGUGGUGACCAUGUGGAUGUUGUUGA